CGGGCGGGGGCCGCGGGAGCGCGGAGGCGCAGGCAGCGACGCGGCCGUCCCACCUGCCCGGCCCGCUCGGCCCCCCGGCGGCGCGCGCUCCUCCUCCCGCGGGGCUCGGGUCGGCCGCUCGCAUUCCGUGCCGGGUCGGGCUCGCGGCGGCCGCGGAGCGCGGAGCUCGAGGGGGAAGCCGGCGGGCGACGCGCGCAGCCACGACGGAGCAGCCGCGGGACUGGCCGCCCCGCGCCCCGUUCGCCGCCGUGCCGUUCCCCGGCGCGCUCACCCCGUUUUCGGGAUGGGAGUGUAGCGGCGGCGCGGACUCGGCGGGGAUCGCGGUGGAGGCGGCUGCGGCGGCCGAGCGCGGCUCCAUGUUUUCCCCCGGCCAGGAGGAGCCCAGCGCCCCAGACAAGGAGCCGGUGAAAUACGGGGAGCUGGUGGUCCUGGGGUACAAUGGUGCUUUGCCUAAUGGUGACAGGGGCAGGAGGAAAAGCAGAUUUGCCCUCUAUAAGCGGACCAAGGCCAACGGUGUCAAGCCCAGCACAAUCCACGUGGUCUCCACACCCCAGGCAUCCAAGGCUAUCAGCUGCAAAGGCCAGCACAGCAUAUCCUACACUCUGUCGAGGAACCAGACCGUGGUGGUGGAGUACACACACGAUAAAGACACAGACAUGUUCCAGGUGGGCAGAUCAACAGAAAGCCCUAUCGACUUCGUGGUUACUGACACGGUUUCCGGUGGCCAGAACGAUGAUGCCCAGAUCACACAGAGCACCAUCUCCAGGUUUGCCUGCAGGAUCGUGUGUGACAGGAAUGAGCCGUACACGGCACGCAUAUUCGCAGCUGGAUUCGACUCCUCCAAAAACAUCUUUCUUGGAGAAAAGGCAGCAAAAUGGAAAAACCCUGACGGACACAUGGACGGGCUCACCACCAAUGGUGUUCUGGUGAUGCACCCUCGAGGGGGCUUCACAGAGGAGUCCCAGCCGGGAGUCUGGAGAGAGAUCUCUGUCUGUGGAGACGUGUACACCUUACGGGAGACCAGGUCGGCCCAGCAGAGGGGAAAGCUGGUGGAAAGCGAGACCAACGUCCUUCAAGACGGCUCCCUCAUUGACCUGUGCGGAGCCACACUUCUCUGGAGAACCGCCGAUGGCCUUUUUCACACUCCGACUCAGAAACAUAUUGAAGCCCUCCGGCAGGAGAUCAAUGCAGCCCGCCCCCAGUGUCCUGUGGGUCUCAACACCCUGGCCUUCCCCAGCAUCAAUCGGAAGGAGGUGGUGGAGGAGAAGCAGCCCUGGGCAUACCUGAGCUGUGGCCAUGUGCACGGCUACCACAACUGGGGCCAUCGGAGUGACAGAGAGCCCAAUGAGAGGGAGUGUCCCAUGUGCAGGACUGUGGGCCCCUACGUCCCCCUCUGGCUGGGCUGUGAGGCAGGAUUUUAUGUUGAUGCCGGACCCCCAACUCACGCCUUCACCCCCUGUGGACACGUGUGUUCAGAGAAGUCUGCAAAGUACUGGUCUCAGAUCCCGCUGCCUCAUGGGACCCACGCAUUUCAUGCCGCCUGUCCGUUCUGUGCCACACAGCUGGUUGGCGAACAGAACUGCAUCAAAUUGAUUUUCCAAGGUCCAGUGGACUGACACCCUGGACAGCCACUACAUGUUAUUAACAAGUUACUGUGAAGUUUUUGCCACUAACUCUAGAUUCUAUCUUUUCGUAAUGCUCUUUGUUAAGGGAAAGGCAGACGGGGUUGAGGAAAAGGAGGGGGGUUCUGGUUAUGAAACAUGGCAGAAGUUGACAGAUAGCACUGUGUUUUGCAUGCUUGGAACAGCAGCAGCAUCAUUGAGGUCUGCCUGAUUAAACCUUAAUACCCGUGUAAUAAUUGGAUUUCAACUACCAUGGUUUCAUUUUUAACUUUGAGUGUUUAACCAAGUUUUUUGUUGUUGUUGUUGUUGUUUGGUUUUGGCCUUGUAAACUUAGACAAGGUUUUACAUCCUUUUUUACAAGUGCAGAGGAAGCUUAUUCAACAGAUGUCCUGCAGUGUUGCAAGGCACAGGUGUCACCUACAAGAUGUACAGUGGCUGAGACUUCUUGAAAGUGGCCAGAAUCGGACCCAGCAUCAGGGCCAGCUGUGCCUCCCAGAAGCUCCAAGGGAACAGGAAGCAUAGGCAAGGCAAAGCGCUUGUUCUCAAACCUACAGCUUUGUUUCUCAUUUAUUUUCUGGCUUUGGGUGGAAGAGAAUAUCCAUAUGUUAACUUUAUUUUAACUUGAGCAGAAUUUAUUCGCACAUUCAUUCAUCAGAUACAUAGCAUAUCAAACAAAGGCUUUCCUGGAAGCUUUUAAUCUGCCCCCUUAUUUUUGCUUAAUAUGGGCUGUCUCUCGUCUUCAUCUUAACACAUCAAAAACUGAUUGAUUGGUUAAUUAAAAUCUAGCAGCUUUUCGAAAUUGACGAGCUGAGGGUGGCAGCAGCAGCAGGAGCCACGCAAGGCUGUGGCAUCUGUGAGGCUCUGUGGGCAUGUCCUGAGUCCGCUAAGACCAGCCUUAUCUGCAUACCAAAUUGCUUAAGACCCAAGAGAGAUUUAAAAUAUGCUUUUACUUCUAAAGCCACUUGUUGACACCUCAUGGUAUGGCUUCCUCCCUCCUCCUCUUCCUCGUCCUUUUUUAGAAAGCUAAAUUUUGUGAGCCCCAAAGCAACAGAUGACAGUGAAGUGCCAUUUUUUCGCUACCUUUCCACCAUCGGUUACCUUCCCUUUGAGGUGAAGGAGCCCCAUACGUUUUGAAUUGAAAAUGUUCGCAAAUCAAACCAAGUUUAAAUGUGACCACUAGAUGCACAGAGUGCCGGGGGUACGUCUGUGAUCCUUGGAAAUUCCUGAUUUUGAGAGAGCUAGUGAGUGGUCACUGAGAAACAAUUAAAUCAGAGUUUCAUGAGUUGUGCUAGGCCUCUGUUAGUCUCACUCUGUGUAGAUUAAUAAUUCCUGAAUGCUCAUUUUCUGGGUCUGGUACCAGGACUGUCGUGGCUCGCAGAGUGUAGAUACUGCGUCGGGCUUAGCUACAUUCCGCCAUUCCCAGGGAGAAAGUCUUCAGUCAAGCUAACAUCUGUUUAAAUGGACUGUCAACGGACUUGAGCUGCCUGGUUUAGCGUUAGUAAAUAUGUAUAAUUUAUGUGAAUCUGAUAUACCAUGUCCAUACUUGAAUUGGUUUUUCCAUAUUUUGCCUAUUUCCAGAUAUUUCCCCUAUUUUCAGCAAAGUUAACCUAUUUGAAUACCUUUUCUUAAAAACAAAAAGGAACAUUACUCUCUAAUGCCAAGUAUGCUGGGUUUAUCUGUCAGUUUUAAAAUAGCUUUAUUUUUCCAGGGAGACCAUUGUGUAGAAAGAGGUAUUUUUUGUUUUGAUUAUAUUUAUGAUGUGGAAAUCCAACAGCAAUCUUCUUUCUAUUAUUUUCCUCUGUUCUACAUAGAUUACCUACAGGCAAAAAAGAAAGAAAAAGAACUUUCUAGAAAAACCCAUUGGCUGCCAUCUGAUGCAGCAGAGCUUCGAGCACUGGCUUUCCGAGAAGGAUAAAGGGCGCGCUCCUUCCCUCUUCUUGUUAUAUGGGCAGUUUGACAGUUCUUGAUUCCUAGUAGUAUCUUCUAAGGUGAAGGAUCUUAACCAUUUCUUGUGGACAUUCCACUCUGAUACCAGACUCCUCUGUGUCAAGAUGUCUGCUUGUUCUGCGCAUGAUGCAUGCGCCUAAACAAGGGAAGCGUCUGACCUCUGAAUCCAAGAUUGCAGACUCAGCCACUAGCUCUCCGGGGGCAGUAGCCGCCUUUAUCAUUUCCUUGGGUUUCCAGGUGAGGAACACAGCCAUGUCACCUGCAAAGGAAGCCAUGCUGACUUGGACAACUUGUGAUAAGAUCACUUUCUGCUGAGGGAAGGGUUUUCAAGAAUAAAGAGAGUGAUACAGUUGAGAAAAGGAAACUUCCCCAAGGUCGCCUCUGUUUUCAUGUUGACUCGCCAUCACAUUUAAAGGAUGAAUCCUAAUCCCCACUCACCCACAUGUACAUAAGGACAUCACCCACUGCUCGCCCUGGUCUCAGCCUGACCAGUUGUCUUUUUCAAAUAGGUUUCCAGAAGUACAGACCCAGUUACAUGCUUCCAUAGAUAAUAGCUUUUUCCAUUCUUUGUGACAUUUCAUUACAAAAAAAAGAUUCAGAGUGAAUAGGAGACAGCUCUGAGUAUUUUUCUAGUGUUUUGUUAUUAUUAUUGAUCCGUGUGCUGGGCCACGCACACUGCAGCUCUCCACAUUUUUCUGAUUUCCUCCAGCUUUCUGCAAAAAGGGCUACAGUUCACACUGCAGAGAAAGUAUUAAGCUUUCUGGGUGACACACACACACACACACAAACACUUCUGUGGCCCAAAAGAAGUAAAAUCUUUUAAUAUAAAUAGAGAGCAUAUUUAUAUCAUUCCUCAAUAGUUAAUUAUAGUGUUUGGUACCUUUGUGCCUCAGGGAAGCCACGUGAUGUAACUGGUUAUAGACUUUCAGGGUUAGGGUGUAGAGAAAGGAGAAAGCCAUUGGAAAAUGCGAUGGGCUCCGUUAAGGAGACCGAUUAAUCUAGUGCGAAGCAUGCCGGGACUGGCAUAAAUGGGAUUGUAGUAGAAUUUGUUUCCCAGUACUAGUAGGGAAAUUAUUUUAAGUUAUUACAUAUACUGUAUUAGGAGAGUUGGGAACUCUUCAUAAAGCAUCUAUGCCUCUCUUGCUUACCAGUCUCUGUUCUUGGGAGCUCAGUGUUGAUAUUUGAACACUUUUAAGAGUUUAGGGAACACGUUUUCUACUUAAGUGUACUAAAGUUGUUCUGUGGUUUCACUCAGCUUCUUUGCUCCUCCAGAGCUGUUCUGUUCUUUGGACGUGCGCGAGAGGUGGCUGAUCAUGCCGCCGUCAGUGCUGUCUUCAUGCAGUCUUGCCUCUCACAGUGGGCAUGCAGACAGACAGCCCGAGGACCUGGAUUUCAAGCCACAUGUCAAGCCUUGGCUGUCCAUCUCACUGCCCAUAGUUCUGCCUUUUGGACUAAGGGUCUGGAGCUCCCGCCGUGGUGGUGAGCACAGGACACAGCUCCGCUCAUUGCAUUAGUACUCAAGGCCAGGGAGAUAACUUGGGGAUAGUUUUAGGAGAUGCUAAGCAUUGCUCAAGAGGGAAAACAGCAUUCUGUCUUGUCUUUUUAAUAUGUCCUCACACGUGUCUGCCCCCAUGACUCCCUAGUGGACAGGAGGGAAAAACAAAUAUAUUUUCCACUUCAGCUUAACUUUCUAAAAAGAAAUCAGUGUGCUGAAAGGGAUGUUCUGUCUUUUAAACUGAGAUCACAGAUUGCUUCUCUGUAUUAAAUAACCUAGAAGUUAGGGGGCUGGUCAUAUUUACCAUGUAUAGUGUUAUAAGCAGUUAAAUUUUAUGGUUAUAUUUGUAAAAUCUGUUCUUUUGUAUUUCAUGUCCAAUUGAAAAUUUUAUUUCUUCACUGUUGUACUUGUGGAAAUACAAGCCAUUUUACAGGGAAAAAGUCUUCAAAAGCUAUUAAACAAAUCUUCCGUGUUUGUAAGUCGUCCGCGACUCUGUUAGCACCGGCUUCAUCGGGGCAUUCAGUAGGACAAGGAUACAAAUGUAGCCUUGAUCUGUGCAUUUCCUAACUUCCACACAAAUCCCAAGCAGACGGGUUGACUGUUGUUUUUAUACUCUGCACACCGCAAACUUAAAUCUGUGGUCUGAAGAAUUCCCCAAUUUUUUAUUAAACUCCAUUGGUGCUCAUUCUACAAUCUCUUGUGACAUUUUAUCACUGUCAAA